UGGCUAUAAAAAGGAGCGUUAAGUAAUCGUCCAUCAAUGCUAGUGGAAGAGAAAGAAGACACUAGCGGACGACCAUGGACUUAACGCUACCUGUCCUUCAGUGACUCAGGAUGGUCUGCAAUUCCCUGAGUCCGUCCAUGACUUUAAACGAAUCAGGAUGUCCGUUAUUCCCUGAUUCAAGUCAUGGACAAGGACACCAGAUCACGACGUUACGAACCGGGGCCAUCGAUUAUUCCCCGGUUCACUGUCCUUGACCCGAAGUCAGGGACCUCCACGACCAGUAGGGAGGAUGACAGUCUAUUUCAAUCCUGCCCUACACCUUCACUUUUCAGUUCCCGACGAACUGAAGACGAUGGACAUGAGGACUCGGUAUUAUGCUCGUCCCUCACAAUAUGCCUGCUGUCUAUGUGCAUAUCGCCAUGACUACAUUACAUGGCGCACCAAGUGCUACGCUGCUUCGCCUACCGAUUUUCAAGAGACUGCUUUACUCUUGGAAACGGCGAUCCAUUUCUCGCCAAAAAUUGCGCUCUUUUCUCUUUUGCUUCACGAUAUUGCUGCUGAUCAGAUAGCUUUGUAUAUUAGUUUUUUUCUUCUUCCUUGUUUUUUUCAUUCAUUCACUCAUUUGUUCUGUCAUUCAUUCGUUUUUGCAUUUGUUCGUUCUUUUAUUCUCAUAUUGUUUUUUUCUUCUUUUUCAUGCAUUCGUUCAUUCAUUCGUUACUUUCUUCUUCUUUUCCCUUUUCAUUUUUUUCUCUACCCUGGACUGCCCAGUCCCGCAUUUCUCUUUUUUCUAUAUCAUUUUCCGAUAACUUGUUUGUGAGCACCCGCUGGCGGGUCUCUCUCUCAGGUUGUCAGUUUCUCGUUCAUUUGUUCAUCAAUUCAUUUACUUCUCAUUCAUUCUUUCACUUAUCAUUUUUUCCUUCAUUCACUCGUUUUUUAUUUUAUCUUCUUCUUUUCUUC